AUGCCUCGCCCAAACGAUAGUCCUGACGUCGCCGCUUCUAAGGGGCUCGCCUACAUUCUGCGCCAUGGCGCGGAGAAGGAGGGCCUGCACAUCCGCAGUGACGGACUCGUGCGCCUUGUCGAUGUGCUCGCUCGCCCCAAAAUGAAGGCUGUGGACCGUGACACCGUCUUCCGCCUCGUCGAGGAGAACGCCAAGAAGCGCUUCGAGCUCGUCUUCGGCUACGACCCGUCCGAGCCCAAGCCCAAGAAGAAGCAGCAGCCCAAGAAGAAGAAGCCCGCGCCAGUUGUUCCAGGCAGCAGCCAAGUUGAUGCUGUCGCCGCCCAGCUGGCUCAGACUGCCGUCACACCUGCCCCGCCCCCGCCCCCGCCCGCACAGCCAGAGUGGAAGGAGCUCGACUUUGUGACUCUUCCUGCUCCUGAAGCCGGAUCCGAGGCUGGCCCCUCCGAGCCCCGUGGCGAGUGGUUCAUCCGCGCGACGCAGGGCCACUCCAUCAAGCUGGAGGGCACGGCGCACCUCGAGCCCGUCCUCGCCGACGAUGCUGGACGUGUCAAGGCGGGCCUGCUCGUGCACGGCACCCAGUGGAAGCUCUGGGCUACUCUCAAAGAGACGGGCCUGAGCAAGAUGGCACGGCAGCACGUCCACCUGGCGCCUGCGCUCAAGGACCACCGUAUCCUGCCGCGUAACAACUCGACUCUCCUCAUCUUCCUCGACCUCGACCAGAUGCUCGCUGCCGAGCCCCCUAUCCCUGUCUUUGCCGCUGCCAAUGGCGUCAUUCUCACUCCUGGUGACAAGGACGGUAUUGUGGCCAAGGAAUACUGGCGCAAGGCAGUGCACCUCGAGCACGGCAAGCGUAUUGUCGUGUGGGAGGGUGGCAAGGAGGUUGAGCGUGAGGAGCGUGAAGACGAGGAGUAG